GCCAUGCAGUCUAAGCACUUUGGUAGCCAGAACCCAAGUUGGAAGAUUAUGAUCUUCCACCCAACCGUGGAAGAAUUUGAAGAUUUCAACAAAUAUAUUGUUUACAUGGCGUCGCAAGGUGCACACUGAGCUGGCCUAGCCAAGGUAAUUCGACCGAAAGGAUGGAAAGCCGGACAGACGUACAAUGAUGUCGAUGACAUCUUAAUAGCCACUCCCCUCCAGCAGGUGACUUCUGGGCAGGCAGGUGUGUUUACUCAAUACCACAAAAAGAAAAAAGCCAUGACCGUGGGUGAAUACCACCACUUAGCAAAGAGUGAAAAAUAUCGGACUCCAGCACACUUUGAUUUUAAGGACCUGGAGCGAAAAUAUUGGAAAACACGCCUCUAUGAUUCACCAGUAUAUGGUGCGGACGUGAGUGGCUCCUUAUUCGAUCAAAACACGGAGCAGUGGAACCUUGGACACCUGGGAACCAUUCAGGACCUGCUGGAGCAGGAGUGCGGAGUGGUCAUCGAAGGCGUCAACACCCCGUACCUGUACUUCGGCAUGUGGAAGACCGCCUUCGCCUGGCACACGGAGGACAUGGACCUUUACAGCAUCAACUACCUGCACUUCGGGGAGCCCAAGACGUGGUACGCGGUGCCCCUGGAGCACGGCCGGCGCCUGGAACGCCUGGCCAGGGAGCUUUUCCCGGGCAGCGUGCGGGGCUGUGAGGCCUUCCUGCGGCACAAGGUGGCUCUCAUCUCGCCCACGGUCCUCAAGGACAACGGCAUCCCCUUCGAUCGGGUCACUCAGGAGGCUGGAGAGUUCAUGGUGACCUUUCCCUAUGGCUACCACUCUGGCUUCAACCAUGGCUUCAACUGCGCGGAAGCCAUCAAUUUCGCCUCCCCGCGCUGGACCGAUUAUGGCAAAGUGGCCUGGGAAUAG